GCGAUCGUCAGGCGCAAACGGGGUUGGCACCGUACUACGUCAGAAUGACGAGCCGAUAAACCAUCCCAUCGCGAUUCUCUGCGGCGGGCGGACCAACGGUCUUGGAGGUGACCGUCGGUUCGCAGAGGAUGGCGAGCUCGGGGUCGGUGGCUGUCGACGGGGUCGGCGAGAACAAUGCCACGUCUGGAGUCGAUCUCGGUGGUCCCAAGAAUCCACUGAUCUGUGGUGUCUGUCAUGACUACUACAAUGAGCCUUGUCUACUCUCCUGCUUUCAUACAUUCUGCGCCCGCUGCAUACGUGGCCCUCACCUCGACGGAAAAGUCACCUGUCCCAGCUGCGGGCAACAAACACAACUUAAAGAGGGAGCACAAUUACCACCACUGGAUCAGUUAAUACGUCAACUAGUAGAAUUAGCCAAUUCUGAAAAUCCACCAUGUGCCAAUUGUGAUAAACGAGACAAAUCUACUAUGUUCUUCUGCACAACAUGUGGACAAGCUCUAUGUACUCAUUGCAGAGAACAUACACAUCGUGCAAAAAUGUUCUCCACUCAUGAAGUGGUGCAUAUGAGCAAAUGUGCAAAGGAUACUCAACGUCGUUGUCCUUCUCAUGGGGAGCAAUACAUCAUGUAUUGUCAAAGCGCUAAAUGUAUGCUUUGUGCAACAUGUUUCCGUGAUACACCAGCAGAUGCUCGACUACAUUGUGUGGACAUCGAAAGCGCUUGGCAACAGGCUUCAAAAAAAAUGGAAAGAGCAGCAAAUUCAAUUUGUGAAUUACAAGCAGGCGUAAGAGAUGGAGUUUUGGCAUUAAAAUCACAGUUGGACGAAUUACGUCAUAGCCUAGAUUCAGAGAAACGCGCAUUAAAUUCAUUUUGUCAAGGAAUGCAAGAAGCAAUUAAUAAAACUCAUUCUUCCGUUUUAUCGGAACUUCAACGUCAAUUUGAAACUAAGGAAAGAAUGGUUCGGACUCGAUUGCUAUCCUUGGGUAGUGCACUUCCAAUAUUACAAAUGCAUUUAAUGCUGUGUACAGCUUUUACAAGUGGUGCGACAAAGUAUCAAUUUCUUGAACUCGCACAUCCUAUGCUCGAAAGAUUGAGUCGCGUAGCUCAACUUGGACACCCUACGAGACCUCCUCUACUUGCUGCCCAUUUGAAGACAAACUAUAGAAGCGACUUUGCUCGUACGUUACAGCCUUUUAUUGGUCAGGUACAAACACCAAAAGAAUCAUUGUACGAUCAGACUCACACGAUGGGCCAGCAGGAACCGCAGGUUAUACAGAGCAGCAAGCCUGCUCAGAGAAUCCAGCCGAAGAAUGGAAGUGACGGUGGGCCGUUUUCCAACCAUUGUCGCACCUUCGAUACUCAAUUAAAAGAACUAAGUCAACAACUGAUGACAGUGAAGGAACGUUUAGGAGAACUCCAUCGAGACGUCGCACUACUUAGAAGAGCUAACACACCGCCUGUGGGUACGCGUUACGAGCAUGUGGCGAGAGAUUGUCGUGUGUUAGAACAGCAAUUAGAACAUCAUCAGUUAGAAUUGGAACGGUUGAGGAACGUGUUUGAUGCUUUGUGGGAAGAACAAUUGUGCAGAAUUCAUAUAGAGAAGGAAAUCUUCCAUUCUCAGAUGGACGAUAUUCUAUCUUUAAGAAGUGAAGUGAAGCAAUUACAAAGUCUUACACAACAAUUGGAACCGUUUGUGAAAUCGUUUUCUACAGGAGUUACUGCAGGUGAAGUGAGCAUGGCAGCUUCGGAUGCUUCCAGUAGUCAACACCUGCAAGCUUUAUUAGAUCAUAUAGCGCGCUUGCAGAUGCAGGAACCACCUCAACCGCAAACUCAAGCACCGACUAAGGAUCAUCGUCAUCCACGAGGUACUAUGACCAGUGUUGACAACGCUCUUUACAUGAAGGAAACUAAAGAAAUGCCGACGCGUUGUCGGACACCAUCGGGUGUUGGUGCCGUAUUAGACUCGAGCGGCAACAUAGUCGUAUACGGUACCGCUAAAUCUUCCGAACAAAAAAGAGGAGUACUGAGAGAGCUUCUUGAAAAAGCUAGAACAAAAGAGGAUCGCAAGAAAUCACCAGGAAGAGACGACGGUAGUCGGGAUCGUAGUCAAAGCCGACGUUCCAGAAAGUCACCCGAUGGUACGAAACCUAAAACACCACCAGGACAUUCUUCGAGUAGCAAGGUUCGAUCGUUGUAUCGUUCCUGGAAAGGUGCAACCGGUGAUACGUCAACUGAGGCACUCGACCAACCAGAAAGAUGUACGGACGGUCAACAGCAGCAGCAGCAACAACAACAACAACAACAAGCGCAAACUCACCAAGCAGGUGGUGAUGAGGGGGAAUAUCAACGAAUUUCCGAAGCUUCUAGCAUGGGCGAGGCCAAAAAACGAGUCCAAGCGCAAGUACAUCCUAUACCACCGGACGACCAAAAACUAUCCAGUGGAAAAAGUACAAAGGUGUAUCCGGCUAGCGACUCCGAGGAUGUCUUCUAUGUGGAUGAUAAGGCUCCUAGUGAUGUUCGAAGACGCAGACGUGCCAGCUGUGACAGCCUAAGUACAACCGGUUCUGGUAGCAGAAGAUCGAGCAUCGUUGACGGGACGGUAGGUCAAUCCUCACAGGAUCCCAGGAAAACAUUCGUUCUUUUGAUUGGAUCACCUACGACGUCAUCUCUGGUGCAGAAGCAGCGUUCCUGGGAAACCUUCCCUCGACCAAAGAGCAAAAGAAGCGGACCCAGUGAAGGUGCAUCCUCCUCCCUGGGACAGCUUAAAAGAGCAGACAGCUUUGAGGGUCACGAGGAAGCUGUACGAACCUUGGUUGCAGCAGUACAGGAGACCAGAUCGCAUUUACGUCAACACCUUAUUCAUCAUCAUCGUCAUCAUCGUAAGAGCAAGACGAAUUAAGGAUUAUAGGGAGUCGAAUUAUCGAAAACAACACUCGCCCUCUUACGAAGAAGGAAAAACAAAAUAAUUAAACCCAAUUAUUGAAACGAAUACUCCCAUUUUUUCUUUUCUUUCUUUUCUCUCUCUCUCUCUCUCUCUCUCUCUUUUUAUUUUUCUCCAAAUUUUCUCAUUUUUUGUUUUACUUAAAUCAAUUUCUUGAUUUUUAGACAUCUCAAGAAAGAGGUUUUCAACGUAAUAUGUUCCGAUGACGAUUCUCAAAUCAAUUCAAAGUGUGCUGAUGAAGAAUAUAAAUAAAAGCCUAUAGAGAAACAUUUAGAAUGAUAUUGUCCGAGAGACUGUAAUCUUUUUGGUGAUUAUAUACUUGUUGUUAGUCGCGAGACGUAUUGUUGAGAAGAAGAAAAGAAAAAGAAAACAAAGAAUAACGUUUCGUAAGUUUUUUCGAAGGAUUUUGAAGCGUCUCGAUAAAUAUAUAUGUAUAUAUAUAUACACAUAACAUACGUAUACACACACAAUAUAUGCAAGAUAUAAUACAUAAAAAAACAUACACACGUAUCAUAUACGAUACAUACAUACACACACACACACCCAUACAUAGAUACAGGUGUACACCAAAGACGGAAUAUAUGGAGACACGUACUACAUAAAAAAA